GUUCUUUUCGUCCACCGGUUGAAGCUUCAAUGGCGGAACAUCUUGCAUCCUCCAUACUUGCAACACUAAAAUCAUAGCUAAAUCUCACUUAAAUGCAAUCAGAUGGUUAGGUUAAAGCUAAUCUUUCUAUUGAUUACGCUCCUUUUGAGCUCCAAAUCAACGAUUGGAAAGGAGGAAGAGUUCUCAGAAGCACUGCUGUUGAGGCCUUUGCCUGAUCGCAAAGUGCUUGCUCAUUUUCACUUUGAAAGCAAAGUUCCCCCAACUCACACUCAUGGCCGUCAUCACCAUCUUUUCCCCAAAUCAAUUUAUCAACUGGUACACAAAUUUCGCAUACGAGAAAUGGAGUUGUCUUUCACCCAAGGUAGGUGGAACUAUGAACAAUGGGGUGGGUACGAUCCAAUUGCGAGCAACAAUGCAAAGCCUCCUGGAGUUGAACUCUGGGCUGUUUUUGAUGUCCCUCAAGAUCAGGUUGAUGCUUCCUGGAAAAACUUAACGCAUGCUCUUUCUGGCCUCUUUUGUGCUUCUGUUAACUUCUUGGAGUCUUCAACUGCUUAUGCUGCUCCUCAAUGGAGCUUCCGGUCUGUUGUUGGAAACUUGAGAUAUGGUACGUUACCCCGUGAGGCUGUUUGCACUGAGAACCUCACUCCCUGGUUAAAGUUGCUUCCUUGUCGAGAUAAAGCUGGAAUUGCUGCGUUAAUGGACAGACCAUCUAUCUACAGAGGAUUUUAUCACUCUCAAAGAUUGCACUUGAUUUCAGAUGAGUUUAGUUUAGCUGCAUCAAGUUCUGGAGUAGUGCUUGAACAAACUCUGACAACUGUCCUUCAACCAAAUUCUUUUGGAACUAGCUCGAAUUCUUUUGAUGGGUCAAUAGUACAACCUAGCUGGUCUCUUAGCUCAUUGUUUGGAAGGAAAGUUAGUGAAAGAUGUUCUCUUUCCAAGUCUAGUAAUGUGUAUGUCCAUCUUGACAAGAAUUUAGUAUCAAAGUUGAAGACUCUAUGGAAGAAAGAUGGUAUAUCUGAUGAUGUUGAUGUGACCUCUGAAGGUUCAUGGAAAAACCCAAGCUUUGAAAUGUCCAUACCUCCAGCCAGGGUAAUCAAAGAAGUGUAUACCUCAUCCAAAGAGGAGAAAUCUAUUCUAUGUGAAUUUUCAAUUGAAAAUUACAGCCAAUCCAGACCAUUUGAUUUGGGAUUCAGGUGGAAGUUACCUGUACUGUGGUCAAGUCAUUUGGCACCCUUGCAUGCAAGCAGGUUCCUAAUGGGAAGUGGGAAUGAAAGGGGUGCUAUAGCCAUCUCUUUAAAGGCCACAGGAAUGAAUGACAAUACACAAAGUGCUACUAGCAGUGAAGGAAGAUGCUUCUUGCGGGUCAAUAUUUUCCAAGUUGUGCCAUGGUAUGUCAAGGUGUAUUAUCAUACACUUAAAAUUUUUCUGGACGGACAUGCCAAAUCUACAGCAGAUAUUGUUGAGAAAAUGCGAGUUUCACCUUCUGAAGACAAGGUUUCGCCAGGACUAAUGGAAAUUACUCUUAGAUUAGCCUGUGAUGUGAACUCAGCUACAUUGACUCUGGAGUUUGACAAGGGGUUUCUGCACAUUGAUGAAUAUCCUCCUGAUGCUAAUCAGGGGUUUGACAUCCCAUCAGCUGUAAUUAGUUUUCCCGAGUUCAAAACAAGCUUGCAUCUAGUCGAGGAUAGCUCUGCCAACACAUUGCCUAUUUUAUCUAAACUACAGGACGAAAGCCCCGUUCUUUCCUACACAGAAGUAUUACUUGUCCCUUUGACAACACCUGAUUUUAGCAUGCCGUACAAUGUCAUCACAAUUACAUGCACAGUUUUUGCUUUAUACUUCGGGUCGCUGCUCAAUGCACUCCGAAGGCGUGCCGGUGAAGAGGAGCGGUUAUUGAAAAGUAAAGCCUCGAAGGGGACCGGUCGUUUAACUUUGUUAGUAUCCAAAUUGUCUGCUAAAUUGAGGGGAAAACCAUGGAAUCCUCCCAGCCCAGCCUCUUCAUCAUCAUCAUCUUUCUUGAGUUCUAAGCUGAUUAUAAAGGUCAUAAUUAUAGCCUGCAUUGCUGCUGGUUGGCAGUACUUCUCGGAAUGACAUCUUGAGGAGCAGCUAUAAAAUCCAUUUGUGUAAAAUGACAUACAGAACAGCUAUGAAAGCCAUAUCUGUAGAAUGUGCCCAGAGUACCACUGUUUAAAAUGUGACUUCAAUUUUGUACCAUUUAGUUACAGACAUUGACUGCAUGAUUCUACAUUGAGUUGUUAGUAUUUAUUGACUUGAAGAUGCUAACUUUAAAUCAAUAGGCACAUGGAAGAUUGGAUUUGUGUUAAA